CACACUCCGCCCUGCGGCCGCUUCCGCUUCCGCCGCCGCCACCGGAAGCGCUGCCCGCCGUCGCCGCUGCCGCCAUGGCCUCAAGGUUACUGCGGGUGAGCGCGGCCCUGCGGCUGCUGCCUGCGGCCUCCGUCCCCGCCCGCCGCCUGGCCGUGCCCGGCGGCCUCGCCAGCGACGAGGAGCAGGCGACGGGGCUGGAGCGGAAGGUGCUGGAGGCCAUGAACAAGGGCCUGGACCCCUAUAGCAUGUUCCGGCCCAAGCGCUACGCGGGGACCAAGGAGGACCCCAACCUCGUCCCCUCCAUCAACAAGAAGCGCAUCGUGGGCUGCGUCUGUGAAGAGGACAACAGCUGCGUCAUCUGGUUCUGGCUGCACGAGGGGGAGGCCCAGCGCUGCCCCUCCUGCGGCGCCCACUACAAGCUGAUCCCCCACGAGCUGCCCCACUGAGGGCCCUGCGGGGUCGGGGGGGCGCACGGACACCCACCCCCCCAGCACCCACCGGGCAUCCUCUGCACUGAGCCGAGCCCCGAGCUGAGCCCCGCUGUGUGGGGGGGGGGUGUGUCCCCCCAUAAAGAGUUUGUGUGUGGA